AUGAGAAGUGAGAAUGAAGCCACAUUGUAUGUAAACAAGAGAGAUAUGAAUAUAUUACAUUACUUUCUUGGCCUUGAAGUCUAUCAAGCUGAAGAUGGAAUAUUUCUAUCACAAAGGAAAUAUGCUAGGGACCUUCUCGUAAAAUUUGGUUUGCUUAAUUGCAAACCUGCAGUUACACUUAUGAAUGUUGGUGAAAAAUUGCGGCUUAAUGAAGGAGAAGAGAUGGAUGAUGCUAGAAGUUUCAGAAGCCUAGUUGGAGGUUUGAUUUACCUAACCCACACUCGCCCCGAUAUUGCAUUCUCUGUUGGUGUCAUUUCCUGGUUCAUGCAACAACCUUCAAAGGUUUAUUUUGGAGCAGCAAAAAAGGUUCUGCGUUGUAUAGCUGGAACUAUGGACUAUGGUAUUUGGUAUUCACAAGUUUCCAAUUUUAGAUUAUGCGGGUUCACUGAUAGUGACUAUACAGGUUCGUUGGACGAUAGACAGAGCGUUUUAGCUCAUGUUUUCACUUUAGGUUCAGGUGUGGUGACUUGGAGUUCAAAUAAACAAGCUACAACAACGCUAUCAACCUUAGAAGAUGAGUACAUUGCAGGAACUUCAGCAGCUCAUCAAGCCAUCUGGCUUAGUAGGAUGCUAGCAGAACUUUAG